UGUGUGAGAGUUCGUCCCACACAAAGCAAUUCCUAUUUAAUUGCGAUCGUUCUAACAGUCAUGCACAAUCGGUUUACUUGUGUCAUCAGCGAUGGUUUACUCGCUGUUUGUCUGCAUUUUCUGUCUUUUCGUUUCAGCCAAUUCGCUAGUACAUAAUGCGAGGGAGAGCGACGGCAGUCAUCUUCAAAAGCGUGACGUGCAGAAUGCGUCUGUAGCUGAAGUCUCUUGCGUGACGCCGUCUACUCUCGGGUUUUCGUCUUGUCCGCUUACUGACAACGCAAAGCCACGCAACUGUCGUCAUGCCCUACAGCUGGGUCACAACGUGAGUGGCAUCUACGAGAUUGAUCCACGUGACGGUUUGGGCUCAUUCGACGUGUACUGCGACAUGCAGACGGACGGCGGAGGAUGGACGGUAUUUCAACGCAGAAAAGAUGGAUCCGAAAAUUUUAAUCGCAACUGGAACGACUGCGUAAAAGGAUUCGGACAUCUGUAUGGUGAAUUUUGGCUUGGACUAGACAAAAUCCACCGACUGGCGACUAGUGUUGAUCUAAGGAUUGAUCUGAUGGCAUUUAAUGGUGAAACAGCCUACGCUCAGUAUGAGUACUUUACAAUAGGAGAUAGUAGGUCAUCUUACGUGCUGUAUUUUGGACAGUACAGUGGAAAUGCUGGAGACUCUCUUACAUAUAGCAGAGGAAUGAAGUUUACCACAUCUGACAAAGACAAUGACUUGUCCAGUAGUAACUGUGCAGCUUCUCAUAAAGGCCCAUGGUGGUACAAGGGAUGUUCCCUUUCUUUUCUCAACAGUCUAUACAAAUUUGGUGGCAGAGGAUGGAAACACGUAGUCUGGAGCAGUUUCAAGGGACCUGCCUCUCUACAAAGGGUAGAAAUGAAACUAAAGUGAAGCAAGUUGCUGUUUUGACCAGCAGUACUGUACCCAUGAUCACUUUUUGUGUUAGUCUUUGCAAAUGUAUUGCAUGCAUGUCUAAGUUGAAUGAGAAAGCGCUUGUGUGCUCCAUG